CUUUGAAGUCCAUUUCUCGUUUUCAGCUUCGGGUCGAGAUCCAAAAUCCGAUAAUAGCUCUCUCAGAUCGGAUUUUCCCACCAGAGAAGAAAACCCAUUUCUGGGGUUUCGAGCUCCCAAAUUGGGGUUUGCACGGUGAUUAGCCUUGACGAAGCAACAUGGGAGGUGGAUUUCGAGUUCUUCAUUUGGUCAGGCCCUUUCUUUCGUUUUUGCCAGAAGUUCAGAGCGCUGACAGGAAAGUCCCAUUCAGAGAGAAGGUGAUAUACACCGUGAUCUCGCUCUUCAUUUUCUUGGUUUGCAGCCAGCUUCCUCUGUAUGGCAUACACUCCACCACUGGUGCAGAUCCCUUCUAUUGGAUGCGUGUUAUUCUCGCUUCCAAUCGAGGGACUGUCAUGGAGCUUGGGAUCACCCCAAUUGUCACAUCUGGGCUGGUCAUGCAACUCCUUGCUGGGUCUAAGAUUAUUGAAGUGGACAACAAUGUACGCGAAGAUCGUGCUCUUUUGAAUGGAGCACAGAAGUUAUUGGGCAUCCUGAUAGCUAUUGGUGAGGCAGUUGCCUAUGUUCUCUCAGGCAUGUAUGGUAGUGUUGGCCAACUUGGAGUUGGAAAUGCCAUUCUCAUUAUCAUUCAGCUCUGCUUUGCUGGUAUAAUUGUGAUAUGUUUGGAUGAACUACUUCAGAAGGGAUAUGGUCUAGGCUCUGGAAUUUCCCUUUUCAUUGCCACCAAUAUCUGUGAAAACAUUAUCUGGAAAGCGUUUAGUCCCACCACUAUCAACAGUGGGCGAGGAGCUGAAUUUGAAGGUGCUGUUAUUGCCCUGUUCCAUCUGCUGAUAACUCGAACAGAUAAGGUUCGAGCUCUUCGUGAGGCCUUUUACCGGCAGAAUCUUCCAAAUGUGACAAAUCUGCUUGCGACAGUGUUGAUCUUCCUAAUAGUAAUCUACUUCCAAGGGUUCCGUGUGGUUCUACCUGUGAGAUCAAAGAAUGCUCGUGGACAGCAGGGUUCCUAUCCUAUCAAGCUGUUCUACACUUCCAACAUGCCCAUCAUUUUGCAGUCUGCACUUGUCUCCAACCUUUACUUCAUCUCCCAGUUGCUGUACAGGAGGUACAGUGGAAAUUUCCUUGUGAAUCUUUUGGGUAAGUGGAAGGAGUCUGAAUAUUCAGGUGGACAAUUCGUUCCUGUCGGUGGUCUUGCAUAUUAUAUCACUGCACCUUCAAGCUUAGCUGAUAUGGCAGCCAAUCCUUUCCAUGCACUUUUCUAUCUUGUGUUCAUGUUGUCAGCCUGUGCACUUUUCUCGAAAACAUGGAUUGAAGUUUCUGGAUCCUCUGCCAAGGAUGUUGCCAAGCAGCUCAAGGAACAACAAAUGGUGAUGCCUGGUCAUCGUGAAUCAAACUUGCAGAAGGAGUUGAACCGCUACAUUCCCACAGCUGCUGCUUUUGGAGGCAUGUGCAUCGGUGCACUGACAGUGUUGGCCGAUUUCAUGGGUGCAAUUGGUUCAGGAACAGGAAUUCUGCUUGCAGUGACAAUCAUCUAUCAGUACUUCGAGACAUUCGAGAAAGAAAGAGCCAGUGAGCUUGGUUUCUUUGGUUUCUAGGCAAUUUGUUGCCAGUAAUAGUUGGUCUCCCUGACAAUUUUGGUGUGCUGAGAGAUGUAAGUAGGUUUUAACAGCGAAGUUCAAGAUAUUAGGCUAAUCUCUUAUCACUCCUUUGAAGAAAAUACAAAAGCAAUGCAAUCCUCUAAACAUAGUGUUAUAUGGUUUCAUUUCCCUUUCGCAUUUCCUCCACUCCUGUGUUUCAUUGUCAAGUAUCGUUGGAUCUAUGUAAACACUGUAAGGUCCUCGAUCUUUAUAAUUUACAUGUUUGAAAUCUUUAAGGACACCUUUUGAGAAGUAGCUGGCAGGAUUUUCCUCAUGCUCAAGACAGUGUUAGAAAUUCCCUUGUUAAUUAUGUUUCUGUAAUUCUGUUACACAAUUGACUUU